AUGGCUAUCUCAUCUUCUCUCGUCCAGAAAAGGUUAUCAUCACCUCGCUCUGAAAUGUCCUACGUGUUGAAUGCUGGUUGUGCGACCACCGACGUUCAGAUGAAGAUCUCCCGAGAAUGUCUCAGGAACGCAUUCUCACAGUUAUUGCAAUCAAAAAGUCCAUCGCCGCAUCCGGCUCUGGGACCACAAAGUGUACUAUCGCGACCAACUCAAGUCAUGCUAACAAUAUGUGCCGAGUCAUCCAAGCAAAAUGACGAUGUAUUUCUGUAUAAGUCAAUCGAGAGAAGAGGAUUUGGCUUCGGGGAUUUACUGAAGUUCAAGUAG